AUGAUCCUCCGCUCGCUGGCAACGACCGUCGUCUCGUCUUCGCCCAUCCUGCUGCCUCCGUCGCUGCGCAUCAUGGUGGCGCUCGCCCACGCCAAGAACCCCGUGCUGAAUCCGGACAAGAACCCCCUCCUGCGAUUCUUUUUGAAAAAGUCCUUUUACGCCCAAUUCUGCGCUGGCGAGAAUGCUGCCGAGGUGCGGGCUACCGUCAGCCGGCUCAAGGACAUUGGCUUCACGGGUGUCAUUCUGGGCUACGCCAAGGAGGUCGUCUUGGAAAGCGGCGACGCCAAGGACAUGGCCAAGGCAAACUUGGGCGAGGAGACGGCAAGGGACAUCGAAAAGGAGAUUAACCCCUGGAGAGAUGGAACUCUGGAGACGGUUCGUCUAGCAGAGCCCGGUGACUUUGUUGCCCUCAAAUUUACUGGCGCUGGCAGCCUGGCUCUCCAUCAGCUCAAGAACCGACUCGCGCCUUCUCAGCAUCUGGGCGAGUCCAUUGACGCCAUCUGCGAGCUCGCCCGUGACCGUGGCGUGCGCCUCCUUUUCGACGCCGAGCAAGACAUGCUGCAGGAUGGAAUCGACGACUGGACCAUGAAGUUUGCCCGCAAGUACAACGACUCGCCAGAAACCGCCACCAUCUACGGCACGUACCAGGCGUACAAGAAGAACUGCCCCGCCGUGGUAUCACGGCAUCUGGCCGAUGCGCAGAGGGAAGGCUUUACUCUCGGCGUGAAGCUGGUGCGUGGCGCAUACCUGGGCUCGGAUCCGCGACAGUGCUUCCACGACACCAAGGAGGAUACGGAUGACUGCUACAACAGCAUCGCGGCGAGCAUUCUCGCCAGGCAGUGGUCCGUCACCGUCCAGGGACAAGGCGAGUUCCCCAACGCGCACAUCGUCCUGGCCACUCACAACGUCGAAUCCGUGCGACGCGCCAGGGCCAUCUGCGAUGCCGGCGGCGCAAAGUCGGACAUUGCCUUUGCCCAGCUCCAGGGCAUGGCCGACGAGGUGAGCUGCGAACUGGUCGAGGCCAGCCAGUCGGCCCAAAAGGAAAACGCAAACGCCCGGCCGCUGCCCGUGUACAAGUAUCUCGUCUGGGGCACUACCGGCGAGUGCAUGAAGUAUCUGCUACGCCGCGCUCAGGAGAACAAGGACGCCGUUCAGCGCACCAAGAACGGAAGAGAUGCCAUGUGGGGAGAGUUGGUCAGGCGAUGCAAGAGCGUUGUUGGUAUGGCGUGA